AGCGCAGCUUUUUAACCUUAGCGCUGCCUUAACACUUUUUAUUUUCAUUCAAUCCCCAAACGCCGCUCACCUCACACCGCCACUGAAUUACUUUGUUUUAUAAGUUAUCGAGUAAAGAUAGGCCGCAACGCAAAAGGCGGACCAUCCUCGCUGUGAAGGAAAUAAAAGCUUUGAAUCACAUGCGAAUCCGCGCCGCCGACGAUUCGCGUGAGCGUAUUUUUGUGAAGUGAGUGACCCAUUUUGCGGAAUAGCCUCGCCGGCUGAGGUUCUUAGUUCUCACGCCCACAGAAGCGGGAUAACAUGAGCAGCAUUACGUUUUUGUGCAGCAAGUCGGCCCACAACAGCAACAAUAAUAAUAACAGCAUCAAGAGCAGUAGUGAUGUGCCAAAAUCAGCAUUUGCAGCCGCAUCCGCCGGUUUACUAACCAUCGCUAACCACCAGCAACAACAACAGCAGCAGCAACAUCAACAACAACAACAGCAUCAUCAGCAGUCAAAGGUUAAGGCUACAGCAGCCAAAACCAAUGGUCACAUCGAUGACCGUUCUGAUGUCACUGAGCCACUCUACGUGGAUCCAUAUGCCGAGCUGGGUAAUGGCCUUCCCGGAGAUCUCAACUGUUGCCCGGCCUCGCCCACCACAGUACCUGCGAAACCCUCGCUAGAGUCGCCUCUGAAACGCUCCGGCAGGAGGCAACGCACCACAUCUAUUGGCAACCAGACCACCACCGCGAAUCCGUCCGAAUGCAUCAUACGCGCAAACAAUCGCACGAUCUACACGGCCGGACGUCCGCCGUGGUACAAUUGUGCUGGACAGCAGGUAGAGCCCUUUGUCAUAGGAAUCUGCGGAGGAAGUGCUUCUGGCAAGACCACAGUUGCUGAGAAAAUAAUCGAGAGCCUGGAUGUUCCCUGGGUGACUCUAUUAUCCAUGGACUGUUUCUACAAGAUUUUAAAUGAGAAACAGCAUGAGCAGGCACUGAUCAACGAAUACAACUUUGAUCACCCUGAUGCCUUCGACAUCGAACUGCUGCUAGAUGUGCUGACCAAACUGAAGGAGGGCCGCAAGGUUGAGGUUCCUGUCUACAAUUUUGUGACACAUGGCCGUGAGAGCCAAACGAAGACCAUGUAUGGGGCCAACGUGAUCAUCUUCGAGGGCAUUCUCACUUUCCACAGCCCAGAGGUGCUUAAACUGUUGGAUAUGAAGAUCUUUGUGGACACAGAUCCUGAUAUUCGCUUGGCCAGGAGGUUAAAAAGGGACAUCUCACAGCGCGGACGCGACCUUAGGGGCGUACUUAAGCAAUAUCUGAAUAUGGUGAAGCCCUCGUAUUGCAAUUACAUAGCUCCAACCAUGGCCCAUGCGGACAUUAUUGUGCCUCGUGGAGGCGAAAACAAGGUGGCCAUCCAUCUCAUCGUGCAGCACGUGCACACACAACUUCAGCUGCGCGGAUUUAAACUGCGCGAAACUCUAGCCAACUCCUACAAGGACCAGCCCAUGCCACAUUCUCUGCACCUGCUGCAUCCCACGCCACAGAUUAAGGGCCUGCACACAUUUAUCCGAUGCCGGAAUACAUCCCGCGAUGAGUUCAUCUUCUACUCGAAGCGCCUCAUCCGGCUGGUCAUCGAGUUUGCGCUGAGCCUGUUUCCCUUCAAAACAACCACCGUGGAAACGCCACAGGGUGUUCUUUAUGAGGGCAAGCGCAUGGAGUCGCGGAAAAUCUGUGGUGUUUCCAUUCUCCGAGCUGGCGAAACCAUGGAGCAGGCGGUGUGCGAUGUGUGCAAGGACAUUCGCAUCGGGAAGAUCCUCAUCCAGACAAAUCUGAAGACCGGCGAGCCGGAGCUUUACUACCUGAGGCUGCCCAAAGACAUAAAAGACUACAAGGUGAUACUAAUGGACGCCACCGUGGCCACUGGAGCGGCGGCCAUGAUGGCCAUUCGGGUGCUGCUGGAUCACGACGUGCCCGAGGACAACAUUAUCCUGGCCUCGCUGCUGAUGGCCGAGAUCGGUGUGCACUCCAUUGCCUAUGCCUUUCCUAAGGUGAAAAUUGUUACUUCCGCUCUGGAUCCGGAGAUUAAUAGUAAGUUUUAUGUUAUACCCGGCAUUGGUAACUUUGGCGAUCGCUACUUUGGCACGGAACCCUCUGAUGAAUACUAAGGAGAUCCGGGUCAACCCACAUCCACACUACACACUAUUGGAACUAUCAUGUUUCUAAUGUACCCUAGGUUAAGUUCAAAAGCGUUACUUAAAUUAUGAAUUCGGAA